ACUAUCCCAACGCACUGGUACUUUGCGGGGCUCGAACGCAUGGUGCUCUGUACGUUCGCUCUCCAUCUUCGUUCUAAUACAAUUAUUUACAAUCGUUUACUAAAAUAAAUUUGAAGACGCAUAGUCAUAAAGUUAUUUAUGAAUUAUUGUACAUAAUUUAUUAAUCUUGCUUACCAAAUAAAUUGAUUAUUAAUAAUUGAUUGCAUAAACUGAUAGGUUACAUUGUGUUCAAACACUGCUACCGUUUGUUGCCGACAGGCUUUCAUUGUUAUAUUGGAAAGGGCCAACACCGGUAAUCUAAAAGAGAAGAAAAAGGCCCUGGGAUCGAGGUUGGAAAAGGUCAGCGGUAGCCCUAAUAAGCCGACUUCGUGUAAAAGGUCGUGUAGAAACAAAACGAAAACGAAACAGUAUUAAACGCUGCUAGAUAGUAGCUGGCUGGUUAAAUGUUUAGCAUAUGAUGAGAAUUCAAAAACAGGCUUGGGUAUUUUAAAUAAACUUUUAUUUUUAAGCUAAAAAAAUGCUAACCGCAUGCUCAUAAAAAAAAAAACGAUUUUUAAAAAAUUAUGAGUUUAGCUGUCAAGGUUUUGAAUUAGAAAGGUCAUGGUAUGGAAUAGUGUACGUAAAUCAUUUGUUGACAUUUGACCUUUUUAACCACAGACAAAAAAAUACAAUGUGUUUUAUGUUGACCUUUAUGCAGAGAAAAUCAUUCAAAAUGUUUUUGUCACAGUAAUGAAGAUAGAAACAUCACUGCAGACGGAGAUAUUUUUUUCAAAACAUCCGUUACUGUUAUAUUGAAUUGCUUGAGUAAAUUAAUAGUUGCGUUGGAAGACGGAAUUGCUUGAGAAGGAUCACCAAAGCAACACCAAUCAAGAGUUGAAGCCCAGCUUUGAUAUCUAGUAAAUGCAAUAAAUUGAAUAGAUAGAAGUUAAUAAAAGUCAAUGCUGAACAGGUCAAGAGAUGUUUUCAAACUGUGUUGUGACACUGGACCUAGGAAUCACAGCUUCACUUAAAGAGAAACAACAUCUGCGUCAGAUUGUUACCAAAAAUGGUGGUGUUAUUAGUUAUAUUGUUACAAAAAAAACAACUCAUGUGAUUGUGUCAACAGCAGAAUAUGCAAAAUCCUCAUUUCGAUGUGAACGAGCAAGAACAUACAACAUCCCUGUGAUUACUUCUGACUUUCUUAAAAAUUGUUUGCUAUCACAAAAGCUGGUUGAUUUGGAGCCAUAUUUAGUCUUCAGAAAGUUGGAGAACAAUGAAUUGAAGACAGGAAAGAUUGUAAUUGAACAUUGUGAUGACACAAAUAUGAGAAAAAGAGAGGUUGAUCUUACCAGUCUGAAAAUCUGGUCAGACAAGGUAGAUGGACCUUGGAAGAAUACUCCUUUUGAAGUUCCAAAAUAUGUGCUUUUAAAGGAAUCUCCGAAACAGGAGGAAACCUCUUUUCAUUUAUUCGAGUUGCAUGUGCAAGUUGAUGAACAAAACAAUAAGAAGUACAGAGUAUGGCAUCAAUAUGGAGGUCAUUUGUAUUGCAAGAAUCCUCUUGAUUUUAAAUCUGAGUAUCGUGUGACAUCAACUGGAAGAGAAAGCGAAGAAGUAUUGGGUUUAUGGAGUGAUUUAUUUGCUGAGAAUACUUUUCAAACAAAUCUAUCAAAAUCAUUGAUGAUUGGGACAGAAUAUUUGUAUAUGUGGCCAGAUCGCACACUUGAAAGUAUAAAUGAGCUUUCCUCAGAGGUUUCUGCACUAAUUGAUACAUUUUGGACAGAAGCUCAUGGUAAACUCAAUGAAGUUUUAACAAAUCCAAUUAAAUCAUACAAUAUGGCUGAUGUAACGAAAGCUGAAGGGAUUUUACUACGUCUUAAAGAUUGUGUUGUGAAUAAACAGCCAGUUGAAGAUUUAAGUGAUGAAUUUUAUGAUGUCAUUCAACAUCACCAUAAUCUAAGGAUCAAUAUUGAGAACAUGAAAAUAAUUUCUCAAAAGUCAGAUUUAUGUCAGCUUAUUAAAGAUUUUGCAAGCAUCAAUGAAUCUACUAAUUGGCAAACUAAAACCAGCGCUGAAGCAAAGUAUACAGCUUUAGGCUGCCAUAUCGAAAAACUGCAUGGUGAAAGAUACAAGGACGUGCAUAAAGAUAUUAUAAAUGCUAUUAAUAGUAAAGAAGAGAUUGAAGUUUUAAAUAUCUUCGAGUUGGAUCGCUGCUCAGAACCGAAAUUGUGUGGUGACAAGUCAGGACCAUUUUUCCAUGCUUCUGAGCCAAAAAAUUUUGUUGGAAUAUUGUCAAGAGGAUUACUAUUACCAAAAAUUGUGGUGAAUGAUUAUGGUGGAAGCCGUACAGAUGCUGGAAUGCUUGGAAAUGGAAUAUAUUUCGCAACCUGUCCAACAACAUGCAUAAAGUAUUCAAAACCAUCUUUAAUAACUGGUAGCCGAUUUAUGUUAGCAUGUCAGUUGUCAUUAGGCAAAACAAAGGAUUAUUAUGAGUUCAAUCAGAGUUUAGUUGGUCCUCCAAAUGGUUUUGACAGCACACAUGGUGUUAAAAGUACAAGUAAAGUGCCUUCCGAAUUCAAGGAUGAUGAAUAUUGUAUUUAUGAUGUUUCGAGGUUGCAAAUUACGCACAUUGUUGAAUUUAAAACGCCACAGGACAACCUUCUUGUACACAAUUUUAAUCCUGAAUUAUCUGAAGACGAAGGUAUUGAAUCUGAUGUGGAACUGUCGGAGGAAGAUUUCAAUUUGGAUGAUGUUCAAAAUGUAAAGAAUCCCUUGAACAAAGUUGUUGCUGGUCUGCAAAGUACUGGCGAUUCUAAAAUACCUCUGACUGCAGUUCAUGUCAGAGCAAAGUUACAACAUUUAGCUUCAGAGGUUGUGGUUCUUCAAGCAUACACAAAUGAAAGCACUGAAGCUAUUGAAGCCAAAUACGUUUUUCCUAUGGACAGUAUGGCAGCAGUGUGUGGUUUCGAAGCGUUUAUUAAUGGUAAACACAUAAUCGGUCAGGUAAAAGAAAAAGAACAAGCACGAAAAGAGUACAAGGAAGCCAUUAGCAAAAGUCAUGGUGCUUAUCUUAUGGAAGAACAAGAAGAACAAGCUGAUGUUUUCACUGUAAGUGUUGGGAAUCUCCCACCGCAUGCUGACGUGUUGAUAAAAAUCACAUACGUAGCAGAACUUCCGUUAGAAGGAGAACAAAUCAGUUUCAUACUGCCUGGAUGUGUGGCACCAUGGACCAAGAAAACUGCUUUAGCUACUCAAAUUCAAGAUGAGGUUACUACUGUUAAUGUUGAUGAUGUUAACUCACAUGGAGACUUCUCACUCCAGUUAUCCGUAGAUAUGCCAUAUGACAUAAGAAAUAUCUUCUCGCCAACGCAUUCAGUUAAAAUUAAGAAAACUGCUACAAAAUCUGUUGUUCAUCUUAUGGACGAACCACUUGGUGACUCAUUUCAAUUGUUAAUUGAUCUUGCUGAAAUUCACGUCCCUAGAAUGAUUGCUCAACGCCAUCCAACUGAUUCGAACAAACAAGCCUGCAUGUUGACUUUCUUCCCAGAAUUUGAGAAUGUGUCAACAGAUGUGUUGGAUGUGGUGUUUCUAAUUGACUUAUCUAACUCAAUGAAGGGUCUUGAGAAAGAACUGCAAAAACUUGUUUAUCUAACUUUUACUAAUCUACCAGAAGAAACCAAUUUUAAUAUCAUCAAGUUUGGUGAAAAACAGCAAGAGUUGUUUUUAGCGCCUAAAUCCAAAAAUCAAAAAACACACAAGUCUGUAUUAUCUUUCUUAAAGAUUUUGAAACCAUCACUUGGAGCAACACACCUUUGGAAGCCCUUAUCUAUUCUGCAGUAUUUAGCGUCAGCAGAGUCACCUAAGAAUGUGUUUUUGUUUUCUGAUGGACAUAUAUCAGAUGAGGUAACAACACUAGCAUCAAUACAAAACAACAACAAAAACAUCAGAAUGUUUACGUUUGGAAUGAGUUCAACAGCUAACAAACAUGUGUUAAGGAGAAUUGCAGACCUUGGAAGUGGUUGGUUUGAAUAUUUUGAUAAAAGUUUGAAAUCCAAAUGGGAGAAAAAAGUGAAAAUGCAAAUCGAGAAGUCUCAGCAACCUGUUCUGACAGAUGUUAAAGUUCAUUGGGUACAAAAUGAUUAUGAUGCUCCAAAACAUUUACAGGCACCAAAUGAAAUUAUGGCAUUGUUUAAUGGCUCACGAUUGGUAGUGUAUGGCUUUGUCCCACAUUGCACUAUGGCAACAUUGACAGCUUCUGUCAAUGGAAAGCAUAUGUCCACACUUGUUUCUACAUCAGAACUAAGUACAUUAACCGGUUUGUCUUUGCAUCGCCUUGCUGCCAAAGCAAUUAUCGAAGAUUGGGAAAACGGAAUGUUGAGUGAGUAUGAAAUAGAACAUGAGAUGAUUAAACAGAAAAUGAAAAAGCAAAUUAUUGAUAUGAGUAUUGAAUUCUCAAUUGUAACAAAAUUUACAAGUUUUGUAGCCAUCGAAGAAAGAGAGAGUGGUGAAAGCAAAGAUGACACAGCACCAACAAUAGAUGAACUUGUUGCGAUGGAAAACAUUGAUAUUUUAUCCUACAUGGCUUUUGAAGAUAAGUCAAAAAUUGUCACAAAGUUUCAUGGAGUCAUAAGUUUUUAUUCCCAAGACCAGAGUAAUAAAAGCAAUGAGAAAAACGGAAGUGGAAGUGAUGAAAACCUUUCACCGUACAAGUCUAGUAGUGUUAGUAUUCCUCCGAUAUCUCCAGAGCUCAAAGAAAUGGUUUUGAAUCAACAAACUGGAAGUGCAGUUGAUGAAGUUGGUGAUAGUGUUAAUGAUGAUAUGAGUACAAUGAAGCCAGCAAAAGUUACUCAUGGAUACAGGAGUCUUGAAGAUGUCAGUCAACCAUCAAUGAAGGGAUUUUGUUUUGGAAAUGCGGCCCCUCAAAUUGCAUCGUCCGGCACUGUCAGCAAGGGAUUUUGUUUUGGAACUGUGGCCCCUCAAGUUGCAUCGUCCGGCACUGUCAGCAAGGGAUUUUGUUUUGGAAAUGUGGCCCCUCAAAUUGCAUCGUCCGGCACUGUCAGCAAGGGAUUUUGUUUUGGAAAUGUGGCCCCUCAAAUUGCAUCGUCCGGCACUGUCAGCAAGGGAUUUUGUUUUGGAAAUGUGGCCCCUCAAAUUGCAUCGUCCGGCACUGUCAGCAAGGGAUUUGGUUUUGGAACUGUGGCCCCUCAAAUUGCAUCGGGCGGCACUCUCAGCAUGGGUUUUCCAAUGACGUCACACAUGCAGGGAAUGGGUCGUUUUUCUGGUUUUGGAACUAUGGCCCCUCAAAUUGCAUCGUCCGGCACUCUCAGCAUGGGUUUUCCAAUGACGUCACACAUGUAUGGAAUGGGUCGUUUUUCUGGUUUUGGAACUAUGGCCCCUCAAAUUGCAUCGUCCGGCACUGUCAGCAAGGGUUUUCCAAUGACGUCACACAUGCAGGGAAUGGGUCGUUUUUCUGGUUUUGGAACUAUGGCCCCUCAAAUUGCAUCGUUCGGCACUCUCAGCAUGGGUUUUCCAAUGACGUCACACAUGCAUGGAAUGGGUCGUUUUUCUGGGUUUGGAACUAUGGCCCCUCAAAUUGCAUCGUCCGGCACUGUCAGCAAGGAUGACGGAGAAUUGCAUUCUAAAGAAAUAAAAAAGAACAUGAGAGAAAAAGAGAAUUUUUUUUCAGUACUUUCGAAUUUCCUACAUGGUAUAAACUUCAACAGGCCAUAUGUGGAUUUGCAUGAUAUGGUUUUCACUUAUUCUAAAGAUGAUCAGUGUUAUGAAUACAUGAAGUCUGUGGCUAAAAAACAGGAAAAGAAUGGUUCUUGGCAAACCUCCAAUGUACUAUCUGAAGAUGAAACAAUCCGCUUCAAAAAGAUAUGCUCUCAAAUAGGACUACCCUGCGCAGACUCGAAAUUUAUUACAGAAGUGGAGGACUACAUAUUAACCAUCAUUAUAUGCAUUCUUCUUAAAAUCAUGUGUUUCAACGUGGAUACCAGUGAGGGGAAUUCUCACUUAAGUUAUCCUUGGUCACACCCAUUCUACAUUCGACAAGCCAGUCAACUGUCUUUACCUACGCCUUUGACACAUGAGCUCGACCAGAUUUUCCUAUCUGCUAUGCAAUUUAUUUUACAAGGGGAUAAAAAGUUUCCUUUGAUGUACACACAUUGUCAUAUGGGAUAUAGUUUUGAUGAGAUGGUGUUGGAAAUCUGUCGCAGAUCAGUCGCAAUUCCUUGAUUUAAAGCACCUAACAACACAGGGUUUCCAUGCCACCUUACAACUUCUCAAAUCUCCUUAAAUUCAAAAGGUCUCCUCAAUUUUUCUUAAAUAUCCUCAAUUUUUUAUGAAAUUUACGUUUUCUCAUAUCUCCUCAAAGAAAUUUUGACAUUUGUUUUUUUAUAUAUAUGCUAGUUUUUAUAUUAUUUAUUUUGUAUUACCAAAAUGUGUGGUUGUUGUGGCCUGCAAACAUUACUUUUCUGUUGUCUUGUAAUUGCAGCAAAGUUUCUUAAUUACAUUUUGUAAGAAAAUAUUGAGAUGCCAGUCUGUGUGUUCCUUCAUUUUUACAAGUGCCAGUUUUUCUCAUCAAAUCUUCUCAAUUUUGUUUUGAAAGAAGAAUGGAAACCCUGCAAAAGAUCUGCCAAAAACAUUAUCGCAUCUAUUAGACAAAAAAUCAAUUGUUAUUUUUUAUAAUUUGAAAUUUUUUGCAAUUAGUACAAAAAACGACCAAUCCAUUUUUUUCUUUUAUAAGUUAGGAAGUUAGGGGUUAUUUAUUUGGAGGUGAGCGGGUUUGAAUUUGCCGGGCGUACUUAGUCAGACACCACAUGCGUGAUGUCUCUCUUAGAGGCGCAAAUCUAAGUAAUGAAAACAAUAUGGGCGUAGAAGCACCAACACUUUGACGCUCACAAAUUCCAACUUAUAAUAGAGUUUUUAUCAUUCAUUUUAUACUACUUGCCUGGGCAUUAAACUUAUUUUACAACAUCUUCUCGAUGCUAAGUUUGUUAAUGAUUUUUACAGGCUUUAAAUGCACUCUGUUACACCUUUACCAGUCUCUUUUUAAUUGGACUGGAUUGUCCGCUGUAGCAGAAGGUUAUUUUUGUAAAUGCCUGAGCACUUUGACAAAAUAAGAGACUUUAUCCAAGUGCCCACACGUCAACAAAAAACCUUUUAAAAUAUAGCGAAAAAUGCCGUCAAAUGAAAAUGAGUCUUUGCCCUAGCUUUAGGCCUAUUCCUGUAUGAUUUAAGGAUGUAUUAAAAAUGAAUUUUAUCUUUUAUUAUUGUUGUUUUUUAGAUGUUGUGAUAAAUAUGUUUUAUUAUUGCCCUAUUUUUACUUUUGUAAUACGCGCUUUAUUACACUAUUAGUUUACUUAUAUUCAUUAUAUAACUAGUUUAUUACAAAAUUAUUUUCUAAUUCGAUUUGCUCAACCAAAUAGC